UGUCUCUGAACGUGCGCCGUACUAGUGAAGAAGAAUAGUGCCAAAGAACCGUUGAGAACGAUGCUCGUGCCAGUGGUGCUAGUUCUUGCGAGCCCCUUCGUUUGGCCGACGUUAGUGGAUGCCAUAGACUGCUACAGUUGUACGGGAGAAGACUGUGUGAAAGGGUCUACCGUUGCCACCGUCGUCACGUGUACGAAUUCGGACGACCUGUGCUACACCCAAUUCGACGCCACCAGCCUUCUGGCGACGGAGCGAGGCUGCUUGCCGCUGGCGAGCGUUGCCUCUUGCACUGCAAAUGGAUGUGUGUCCUGCGCAACGGACUCGUGCAACGAUAGUGGACACCCCAAGCAUCAGUGUGCCGUAUGUUCGUCCGUUGAAACCCCGGCAUGUGCAUCCAAUGCGGCCGAGUUAGUCGUUAGUCAGUGUGCGGCCGCAACCUCGGUGGAUUUGACCGCAGCGCAGUGCUUCAGUCGAGUGAUUGGCAGCGUGACCGAACGGGGUUGCAUCACGUCCCAGAGUGAGGUGGAUGGAUGCAGCGGGGCAGAUUGUAGCACUUGCGUCGGAUCAGGUUGCAAUACGAAUGAGUUCCCGACGGAUCGACAGCAGUGCAUCACAUGCGAAAGUGCGGAUGCAUGCGAUGCAGAUACUGCAUCGGCAGCGACUUGCGAUGAUCCGUAUGAUGCAUGCGUUAUCCUCAAGCGAGCGGACGGUGUCGUGAAAAAGUCAUGCGAAAACGCAUUGUCCUCCACGGAUGCCACCUACUGUGAGGCCAAUCCAACGCAGUGUGCGUUUUGUGGGAAGAAGCUGUGCAAUACCGUAGCCUUCGAUGCCGGCAACAGUGUGGCCGAAAAUCAAAUGCAAUGCUACCAGUGCGAGGGAACUGGCUGCAUUCGGUCGAGGGUCGAUCUGGUCACCUGCCGACAGUUUGAUGAUGAAUGCUUCAGUUUGUUCUCUGGAUUUAAUCCUAAUCGGCGUGGUUGUGUGUCGGAUCUGUCGAGCGUGCCGGAAAACUGCCGGAGCACCGAAACCGCCCAUCCCGAGUGUGCGAUUUGCAGCGAAUCGGAGUGCAACUUACAAGCACGUACGGACCAUCGGUGCGCGUUCUGCUCGUCCGUAGAGGAUGCCUCCUGCAUAGCGCCAGCCUCGGGGGCUCUUACUCCCGCCCAAUGUCCGGCUCCUUCGACCGAGAUUCCGUCGGACGCGCAGUGCUACACAAAAGUGAUUGGAUCGACUACCGAACGGGGCUGCAUAAGUGCGGCAUCCGACCUGCUUGGCUGCGCGGACGACGGGAGCAACUGUGUGACGUGCAGCAUCGAGGAAGGUGGCCAAGGGUGUAAUACUCAAAUUUUUCCCAGUGACCGUCGCCGGUGCACCGUCGGAUCGACAGCGAACACAUACUGUCCCGAUCCGUCGGACGAUUGUGUGCAGCUGCUGCAAGGUGGAAUCCGCAAACGCACCUGUCGCUCGCUGCUGACCUCAACGGAGCUCCGUUUCUGCAACUCCUCUAGCAACCGGUGUCAGUUUUGCAGCACCGACAACUGUAAUGCUGCCGAGGUGACCUUCGACUACAUCGAUUGCUUGACUUGCGACUCGUCGACCGAUCCACGUUGUGCGACAAACCCGAGCGCUCUGACAACGUUCUCCUCUUGCACUACCUGCGCGACGGCCAUCGUGGACGGAAUCCUCCGUCGAGGUUGCUUGGCUAGCAUGCCGGCAGCAGUUUCCUCCUCGUGCACUGCAUCGGUCGGCUCGAUCACCUGCCAGCGAUGCUCGGCGAAUCGCUGCAACAGAGCCAUCUUCCCGGCCGCCCGCCAACAGUGCUAUCGGUGCACCAACCCUCCCUGCGUGUCGCACCAGUCCGUCCGGCUGGAGUACUGCCCGGUGUAUCGUGCCAACGACACCUGCGUCGUGCAAACGGACGCGAGCGGACAACUGCUCCGGUUGGACUGCAGCAGCUCGCUGACCGCGGAGGAACUGUCCGUGUGCAGUGUCAGCUCGGCGCUCUGCCAGACCUGCUCCACGGCCGGUUGCAACGAUCCGAUGGCGUACGGAACGAGCGGAAGCUGCGUGCAGUGUCGCAGCGGUCUCAAUACGCUGUGCCGUUCGCAAGCGGCCAGCAUUGCCGCCGAACCCUGCUCCCGCCCGACCAACGCCGCGUGCUACAGCCGGAUCGUGGAUUACGAUGGAGUCGUUGGCGCGACCGAGCGUGGCUGCAUCACCGACCUUCCUUCCUCCGACCAGGCCGCAUGCACUCGUGGAGAGAACUGUCUCUCGUGUGUCUCGCGGAUCGCCAACUGCAACACGGCCCAGUAUCCGGUGGCGCCGCUCUACUGCUUCCAGUGCGACUCCCGCACCGACGGGGACUCGUGCAAGGCGGCCCAGGCUGGCACGGCGACCGAGUGCCCGACGUACGAUACGGCCAACAAGUGCUACACGAUCGUGCAGUCGAACGGCGACACGGUGCGCAAGUGCUCGACGGCGGCUCGUGAAACCGAGUGCGGCUCGGUCAGCAUCUGCGAGGUCUGCCUCUUCAGCGGGUGCAACGGCAAGGCCAGCGCCAACGUUGGCAUCACGGUGGCCCCCGUCGUUACGACCACCCCGGGGCCGUCGAGCGGCAUCAACAGACUCAGCGAAGGGCGUUACUUGUUGCCGAUCAGCUUAGGUUUUAUCGUAUUAAUAGCUUGCGUUAGGAAAGACGCUUAACAGCGACCGAAUAAAGAUUUGCCUUA